AUUUUUUUAAUUAUUGUUAUGGAUUUCGAGCACUCUGACUAUUUUACAUAGAGAGUUGAAUAAAUAAUAAAAAAUGUAAGAUCAUAUUUAGAUUUAGUUCUUGCAUAUUCCAGAAGAAGGAAAUUAUAAUUGGAAGGAGAUUUGUUAAAAAUUAGAUUAGUUGUAAAGUUAAUUGAUGGAAGCAUAAUUGUAUACAAUGAUUAUAUAUAAAAAGGAGCAUACUUCAAUAUUUAAAAUAAAAAUUUGAAGCUAUUUAGGAAUAAUUAUAAUUUGAUUUAGAGGACAUGUAAAUUUCGAGCCUAUAAAAAAAUGGAACAAAUUAAUAAAUUCAUCCUUUGAAAUGUGAAGAUGUAAAAGUGAAUGAAAAAAUAAAUUAAAUUGGAUUGAAUAUUUAUGAGAUAGAGAAACGAUUGGAGAAUAAAAUAGAUUAAUUAAAUGGUAAAGUAGAAAACAUUAGAAUAAAUAGAGAUGAAUUAUAAGAGUAAAUAAAAUCAUUUGAUGGUAAAUAAAAUUUAUGUAGUAUUAGCUCGAAUGGAAUCUUAAUGGUAAGGCUUAGCUAAUGUAUCUGAUUAAUUUUGGUAAUUUAAGAAGUAAUUUGAGCCAUUUUAGAUUGGAACAUAAUAGCCGAAAAAAAAAUUCUCUCUGUUUACAUGA